AUGCGUCUAGAUCGGUUCCUCCCUCUUGUCCUUCUCAUUGGCAUCACUCAUUGCUUCUUCUUUGAGGUUGUCAACCCCUCCCCAGCCGGGAUUGCCCUCGAACAGCCCGAAGCAAGUACCUGGCCAGUCCAGCCCGAAUCCGCUCCCCAAGGACAGUCCGAGGCUGUGUCGACCAUCGAAGAAUCCGCAACUGCAGUUCUUGAGGCCCAGAUUGAGAAUAUACAGGCCCGGCACGAUGUCACUCAGAAUCUCGACUACAAAUGCGGACCCAAAUGGGGCAAAUGCCCUAUGGGCACCUGCUGCUCCUCCUCAGGUUACUGUGGCACAUCUAAGUUGCACUGCCGCUCUCCUGACUGCUUGAUCGACUUCGGCACCUGCGAUGCUCACCGAGUUCCCAAGGGACCGCCCACCAGUGAAAUCCUUCGCCCUCACAUCGGCCAAGUCCCGUACGGUCCGCAGGAGAUCCGCUCCUGCACUGUCCCUGGAACAGUUGCUUUGACCUUCGAUGAUGGUCCAACCCGGUAUACAGGCGAACUUCUUGAUCUGCUCGACAAGUAUGAAGCUCCGGCCACUUUCUUCAUCACGGGUGUCAACAACGGUAAAGGUCAGAUCGAUGAUCUCUCUCUGCCUUGGGCUCCUCUCAUCGAACGCAUGCUGCUCAGCGGCCACCAGAUUGCCAGCCACACCUGGUCGCACGAGGAUCUCAGCAAAAUCAGCCCUACCCAGCGUCGUGAGCAAAUGGAGAAAAACGAAGGCGCUUUGCGGAAUAUCAUUGGCAGCUUCCCGACUUAUAUGCGCCCUCCAUACUCGAGUUGCCUUGCUGACUCUGGAUGCCGCGAGGCCAUGGGUGACAUGGGAUACCAUAUCAUUCUCUACGAUAUCGACACGGACGACUGGAAAAAUGACAACCCGUCUCUCAUUCAACGAUCCAAAGAUCUUUUCGAUCAUGCCCUUUCCAGUGGUAACCCUGCGACCAAGUCCUGGAUCGUCAUCGGCCAUGACGCUCACGAGCAAACCGUCCACAAUCUUACGGAGCAUAUGUUGAGAACGAUAAGCCGGCUUGGGUACCGCCCGGUCACUAUCGGCGACUGUCUUCAAGACCCGCGCGACAACUGGUACCGUAUAGACAACCGAUGGCCCGGCCACAAGAACAAGAAGAAUACACCAAAUAAAAAGGGUCCCAAGAAGGUCGUGCCACAACAGGUCUCCGUCGAUGGCACCUGCGGCGCAAACUAUACGUGUCUUGGUUCCCGCUUCGGACUGUGUUGCAGCAGCGUUCAUCUUUGUGGAAACAGUACCUUGCACUGCGGCGUUGGCUGUCUUCGAGACUCUGGAUACUGCACUGUGGAGGCCCCCUCCAACGGCGAUGCAUGGGACCCUAAGUCUCCAGGCAGGAGUGGUAAAUCCGAGGGAGAGUCUGAGUUCCGUACGGUUGGUACCGCAGCUGCGACAUCCCUUUUUCUGGCUCUAGUGGUUGCCGUGUGGAUGUGA